GAGAUGGGGAAGAUGGCGGCCGUCGCGAACUCGGUGGCGACGCUGGCGGCAGAGCCUGGGGAGGACGCGUUUCGGAAACUUUUCCGCUUCUACCGUCAGAGCCGGCCCGGGACCGCAGACCUGGGAGGAGUCAUCGACUUCUCGGCCGCCCAGGCAGCGCGCGGCACGGGUCAUGCUGCCCACAAGGUGGUCAGAUCUCAGCUAAGUGUGUCCUCAGUCAGUGAGCACGAUUUACGUAGAGCAGGACUUCAGCCAGUCAGCAAGUGGCGAGCCUAUGGACUUGAAGGCUAUCCUGGAUUUAUUUUUAUCCCAAACCCCUUCCUCCCAGGUUACCAGUGGCACUGGGUGAAGCAGUGCCUUAAGUUUUAUUCCCAGAAACCUAACGUAUGUAACCUGGACAAACACAUGACUAAAGAAGAGACCCAAGAUCUGUGGGAACAGAGCAAAGAGUUCCUGAGGUAUAAAGAAGUGAAUAAACGGAGACCCCGAAGUUUACUGGAGAAACUACGCUGGGUGACCCUGGGCUACCAUUAUAACUGGGACAGUAAGAAAUACUCAGCAGAUCAUUAUACACCUUUCCCUUCUGACCUGGCUUUCCUCUCAGAGCAAGUAGCCACUGCCUGUGGAUUUCAGGGUUUUCAAGCCGAAGCAGGUAUCCUGAAUUACUACCGCUUAGACUCCACACUGGGAAUCCACGUAGACAAAUCUGAACUAGAUCAUUCCAAACCCUUACUGUCAUUCAGCUUUGGACAAUCUGCCAUCUUUCUCCUUGGUGGCCUCAACAGAGAUGAGGCCCCCACAGCCAUGUUUAUGCACAGUGGUGACAUCAUGGUGAUGUCAGGUUUCAGCCGCCUGUUGAACCAUGCAGUCCCUCGGGUCCUUCCAAAUCCCGAGGGGGAAGGCCUGCCACACUGCCUUGAGACACCUCUCCCAGCUGUCCUCCCCAGAGAUUCAGUGGUAGAACCCUGUUCUGUGGAGGACUGGCAGGUGUGUGCUAGCUACUUGAAAACUGCUCGUGUUAACAUGACUGUCCGACAGGUACUGGCCACCGACCAGGACUUCCCUUUGGAAUCCAUGGAGGAGAAAAAAAGACACAUCACCACAAAAGGUUUCUGCCAUCUGGAUGACCAGAAUAGCCAAGUAAAACGGGCUAGGGUAAACUCUGACAGCUGAAACUUGGAGGUCCCAUUCUUUUGCUCAGGCUGGUCUUACAGUAGAUGACCAUGCUAUUUUAUAUUGCCAUGGACUUUAGCACCAAGACAAGCCAAAAACAGAAACGGAGAACUCCUCAUUGAUCCCACUGUUGCCUUGGAACCCAUCCUGAAAAAUAAACUGAUCACUUUGCAAAGAGAAGUAUUUGACAUGGUCCAAACCUAGUUAGAUGUUGGCACUAAUGUAUGUCAAGAAGUCAGUCCAAGGAGUUUUGAUCUUCCACGACAGCCUUCACAGCCUCUGCCAUUACCUCUGAAGGAGGUAGAAGUGAGUUUCCAUGUCUGCAGAGUCUUUAAAUGGGAAGUACAGUACCCCUCGCUCCACAGUAUCUGAUGGUUUGUGGUAAAAUUGUGGUUCUGUGAACCAGCCAUUAGUCUCAUCUUCUUAAUUCCUGUAGUCAUCACAGCCUUCGAUCUUCUCUUCCAUCUUUUCUGGCUGUCACUGAAGAAUCCUAUACACCUUAAGACAGUGGAACGGGAAAUCUUGUCCCACAGAGAAUAAAUUAACUACAGCUGUCUCUUGCCUAAAAGAUAAAUAAUAUGUGUAAACCGAAGCAAAGGGGAACAUGAGUUUCUCCACAUGUCUUUUAGGUCUCCAAACUCUCCCUGUUGGCUUUUUAAUGCAAUUUUAAUUGUUGGAUUAAAAGUGUCCUGAGGGUGCUCUGUUACUGUUUCCUCUGUGAAUGAAUUUACUCCAUUUUAAAUUAAAGAUCUCUGUCUUUGAGGGUUGGUGUAACUGGGAUUAGUUUUUUUCCCGUUUUUAUUUGCUGUAUUGUUUAUGCUAUUGAAGUCCUCUAGCUUUUUCUUCCCUACACCAUCUUGCUGUGCCCUAAGUGUUCUUUGUGGCUAUCUCAGAGGAGAGAACAGUCCUUACUCUAGCCACUGCUAUCUUGUCUGAUAGUAGACAUACUUGGAAAAUGCUUGAAGUACCAAGUUUUAAUCUUUGUACCCCCACCAAUUCAGCUCAUUAUACCUGGAGCCAAGUUACUUUACAUUUCUCUGGACUUCGGUUUCCUCAUUUAUAAAAUCAAGAGAAUAUAUACUACCAUCUUCCUAAGGGGAUGUUGGUAUUCAAAAGGGAAUUUAGUGCUGCUUUCUAGAAAUGUGCCAAUCUUGUUUUAUUACCAUAUGGGCUCUUAGAAACAUCCUAACUUGUGUGUGGAGGACUGAUGGGAAACCACUUUGAUACCUGCUCUUUGUGAUAUUUCUUAAUGAAUUUGUAUCUUUCCUCUGUUCUGCCUUCUAAUUUUUUUAAUUACCAACAUUGAAUAUUGAGUUGAUAUGGUAAUUGGAGGCUUUUUUUUUAAGGAAUAAAAAUUAAUAUAGAUUCAUCCCUAUGUACAAGCUAGGUUCUACAAUUAAUGCGUAAUAAUUUAUGUAAUUUGAAUUACCACUGGGAAAAUUCCUUAAAUUUUCCGGAAUGUAUAUUAAAAUAUGACUCACCAGAAACCAACAUACUGUUGUUUUUUAGUAAAUCCAAAAGAGACAGUUUAUCCUUAGCAUUAGAACAGAUUACUCUUUCUUCAGUUGAAUAUCAGAUAAAGGUGUUGGCUUGUGUUUAGGAGCUAUAUUGUACAAAAAUAUAUAUCCAAACUGUAGACUCACACUUCAUGAAGUGAGAUGUUUAUGCUAUGAGAAGCAAGUGGAAACUGAUGCCAACCAAGAGAAUAGCAAAUUCCUGUCUCCUGUCCUGUGGUCCCCUCUAGGAAACGUGUUCAUUGAGUGGGAUGGUGGGCACAGUUGUUUGCACAAUUAAAUUCUCUCAUUUUUAUAUUUUUAUGAAGCACAUAUAGUUGAAGAAGUAUGUGAUGCAAAUCUACUCAUAGUAUCUUUGACAGUAAGCAGAAAAUUAUGUAAUCUAGAAAAAAGGAAAAAAUGUUGGCUUCUCUAUAUUUACAUGAAAGGGUGAUCCCCCCAGGUUUGUUUUAAUUGUCUAGCAUUCAUUUCUUAAGUCAGAGGUCAGCAUACUGUAACCCACCUCCUGU